AUGGCCCAGCCGCCGACGCGAAGUGGCACGGCGCCGAGGGGGCGGGCCGGCUCGUUAUCGCACCUGCACCUCCCACGCGCCUGCCUCUGGCUGCUGGUGACGUCGCUGGUGGCGGCGCAGCUGGCGCGAACCGCAGUCGCCGCCCCCGCCCGCGCCACCGCCCGCGCCGCCGCCGCGGCGCCCCAACCCGCCGCCGCCGCCGCCGCCAGCGGCAACGCCGCCACCGGUGCCAACGUGCACACGGCCCGAAUCAUCGACACGCCCACGCUGCCCGUGGCCUGCCCGCGCGGGAUGCGAGCUGUCGGCCGCCGCUGCCAGUCUUCUUCAUUCCAAAUUACUUCACGCAUUUCAUUCAUUCGAACACCCGGAUUCAGCCUUCAGACUUCAUCUCUUAAACAGCUACAUAGGUCAAAUCGAAUCAGUUUCGUCAGCAGCCUGGUAGGAGGUGCAGAUCUCCGAUAACCCUGGAUCUGAAGCAUCUGAAGCAAGAAAGACCAAGUUCAUCCAACCAUGCUACUCGUGGUUGCUAUUGUUACUGGAAUUGACUGCAGUAUUCGGUUCCUAUGCCUGACUGUAAGAAGAAUGUGGAAGUACAUCUUUAAAGAAUAAUCGUGUGGUAUGCUGAAAAAUUCGAACGUAGUGUAUUUAAAAACGGUAGUACUUAGUAAUACAGUGGAAAAAAUCAAAGUUAAAGGAAUUUAGCUAGUCAUGCACAAGUCUUCCACGCACUGAAGUACGUAACAGUGAUCUCGUAGUUUCUGAAAACGGUGACUCGUUAAACAAAUAAUGUGCAAGUACUUUUCGUCAUAACUCUAUCAAUCGAUCUUCGCCCUCAUUUCAUAACGGAGAGAGAGUGCGAAGAGUAUUUUCCUUCCUAAAAAGGUUCAUUCGCAACCUGGAAAUAUGCGUUGACAUUUUCUCACAAAACCCUUCUUAAUCUCGAAUCGCGAUAAGACUUGAUAAGACGUUUCCUUCACUGACAUCUCAAGAAGCCUCCACUGUGCAGCGAGCCGUGGCAUCGGGUGGGAGGCCCAGCGGGUCGAAUUCCUCGCUCCGAGAAUGGUCAGCCCUACUGCCGUCGACGACGUCAGCGAGACGAGCGUGACGGUGCCCCUGCACGACGCGAGCGAUGACGAGAACGAGGAGGACAUGGUGUGGUGCAAGGGCCACGCCUGCUCGCUGUUUGUGAUGCUGGUGGUGCUGGGACUCGUGGUGUUCGGCCUGGCGCUGGCAGCCCAUCUCGAAACCCUGUCGCGGUACGGGGACUCCCUGGACGCUGACACCGACCGCGCGCACCUCUUCAACUUUCAGCCGCGCUGCCCGAACGGAAAGAUAUAUUUCCGGGGGUCGUGCAGGGACGUCCAUUGACGCCCAGAUGGCAUCUCCUAGGCAGAUCCUCAUUUCGCCUUCUCUCAUCUCUAAACAUGAUCUGAAAACACUUUUGUACAUAUAUUUAUUCUCUGUUAAUAGUAUCAGUUAAUUGUAUUAUGUAUAUGCAAGUUAUCAUCUAUUUAUUAUUGUAACUACUAUUUAUUCUAAUAAAGGUUUUAUACAACGCUCGUAACCAUUGAAAGGAAACCUUUGAAAGAUAACCCAGAGAACUCUUCCCUGUAAUCUUUUAUUUUAG